GCAACCAUCGUACAGGACAAAAAGGACCUCUCUUGCUGAGUCUCGUCUGGUUUGCACAGUUGCUAAAGUUGACAUCUGGUUUCUGCAAUGAUGAUCAAUCAGCUGAGUUUUGCCAUUGUUGCAGUUUUGCUGCUCGGUUACAUAGAACUAAGCCAUCAAGAUACAACGACAGGUCCAAAUACAGAUAUGGAAACAAAUUUUGGGAGACGAAGAUGCUGGACCAAAUGGUUCAAUCAAGACAACCCCGGUGGAAUAGGUGACAUUGAGAAUUUGGCGAGGCUAAGAAAAGAAAACCCAGGAAAAAUUUGCCACACACCUCUGGCAAUUCAGGCCGUAACAGCUGACGAUGAAACCCCAGCAGAAUGGACCAAACAGAAAAUUUAUGCCUACAAUACUGAUACUGGCUUCAUCUGCCAUAAUGAGGACCAGAGACAUGGCGAACGCUGUUAUGACUACAAAGUUCGCUUUAGAUGCUCAUGUUUUCAUCAAGUAGACUAAAUCAAUUGUAGCCAAAGACC